UCAACAGCUUAUUAUAAGAAUUGCGCCGAGCUGUACAACUGCGGCCAAACGAUCAGCGGUGUUUACACAAUCGACCCUGAUGGUAAAGGUGCCUUCAAUGUGUAUUGUGACCAAACCACAGACGGAGGAGGGUGGACAGUGUUUCAGAGGAGACUGGAUGGUUGCAUGGAUUUUAACCUGGGUUGGGCAGACUACAAAAAAGGCUUCGGUGAUUUCCUUAAUGGAGAGUUUUGGCUCGGACUAGAGAAGAUCCAUCGCCUGACGCAAAACGAGACAGAAAACAGGCUUCGAGUAGAUAUGGGAGUAACUAAACGCAAAACUGUCUACGCUGAAUAUUUGUGGUUUGGGAUCGGAGACAAGAAAGACAAGUAUCGGCUGAAACUCGGAACAAAAUCAAGUGAGUCAAUCUGCUUUCUCUCGGUAAUCAUUAUCUAGAACAGCACGAAGGCGAGGAUGAGAAAAUUAUCAAAUGUAUAAUGUAGGUGACGAUUGUAUUAAAAAUUAAUAUUUACAGUAAUGUGUGCGUGCUUCUCCUAACAACUGAUUUCUAUCACACUUGCAAUUUGUAUCCGGGUAAACCUUAUCUAUGGAAGCCGAGGGCUCAGGGAGAUUUCACAGAAACCUACGUGGUUUGACAAUUCAUGAUAUGAUGCGAGAACAGAGUUCAGUAAUUGUCUUAUUACAGGCUAUUUUUUAUAAAAAUCUACAAAAUAGUGUAAAAAAUCCUUUUAUGAAAAGGAGGCUGGACUCCAAACUCCGUAAAAAAAAAUUAUAUUGAGCUUGUUCAAUUAACCACGACAUUUAGCUUGAAUAAAUUAUCUGAAACUUUUACAUUUCAAAACAAAGGGGGAACGAACUUAAGAGAUAGAAAGUUAAGCUUGAAGUUGAAUUCCGAAAAGCAACAAAAAAAGAUACGGGAAAGAAUCCACGUCAGUUUCAAAAACAAGGUUAGAAUUCUUUGAUGCGAUUGGCUAAUUUGUGAAAAUUACGCGCCACUUGUGAACACAAAAUGGAGUACCAAGGGGGAGAUGGAGAGAAAAAAAAAAUUGAUUUGAAAUUUAAAACGUAAGGGAAUUUCACUUCUCUCUGAGUUUGAAAAAGUUUGAGAACGCUACACGCUUAAGGAGCUUGGAAACCAGGCAAACUUUGAGCUGGAGUUGAUAAAUGCAAUAUAUGCUGCAGAUAUCGGGUUAUCCUGUCAACUUCACACGAUUUUGUAUAUGGACUGAAUUCUCUCUGCCAAUCAGAGUUUCCAAUAUAAGUCAAAUUUAAAAUUAAGAGUAUCGUCAUCAUUAUCAUCAUCAUCAUCAUCAUUAUCAUUAUACUUUAUGACUAUAAUUGUUAUAAUUAUUGGUGUUUUAUCAUUUCUAUUAGACUGUGCGACUGUCAAAGAUUCUCUCAGUGAUCAUAACGGCUCCCCGUUUCGUACCCGGGACAAAGUUUACAAGCAUUGUACCCAUAAGAUGUUUGGAGGCUGGUGGUACAUCAACAAUACUGACUGUGCUGUUUCGUCAAAUCUCAAUGGUGCUCAUCAUUGUAAAAAGAGAAAAAGGAACAUGAACGAGACCUUGGGCGAGCGAAAGAUUCACUGGGGUAUGUUAUCUGACACUGACGCAAGUCACACCAGUCCACUAACAUCGGAAAUGAAAAUAAAACCAGUGGAUUUACCUUUUAAGUGUUAAAACACUUUAUUGAACACAUGUAAUCGUUCACUUGGCACCUAGUCGAUUUCUUGAUUAAUAAAAUACGUUAUUUCAGCCAAACUUGUUAUUGAAGAAUUUGCUUUAGUAUUUGUUUCUCUAAACGUAAUUUUGGAAGAAUUUACAGAAAUGACGGAUAAUAUCAUUUCUGUGAUAAUUAAGUUUCAAAUCUUAAACAACUUUUCCCACCCUCUAGGCGCCUCUUCAAUUUUCACCACUUUUUGAAAGGAGUUAAUUUAUUUUGCAACUAAAUAAUACAUGAUAACAAAAGGUGACGAUGUACCACAGGGGAGUGAAUUUAUAGUUUGUGAGCCAAUAAUGAAAUUUUAAUGCACCCCUGAUGCAUUUCAGUUCCGCUUAUUCGAAACGCUGGGCGCUCAUUAACUCUCUCUGGGCGUUUAUUCGGGGCAGCUGCGUACAAAUGAUAACAUUCUUCUUGAAGAAGAAAAAAAAGCAUGAUUCAGUAAAAAGUCUAAAUAAAAAAGCGUUUAAAAGAAAAUAAAAGAAGGCCGAAGAAAGCAGAAGACUACACGGAUGGUGCGACAUGGACGCAAACCGUAAUCACCAGCGACUUCAGCCGAUGAGAGAUAAGAUGACACCCGAGAAAUCUCCUAUCAAUCAAUCAAUCAAUCAAUCAAUCAAAUAAUCAAUCAAUCAAUCAAUCAAUCAAACAACCAAUCAAUCGUUUCCUUAGAGGAAUUAAAAAAAAUGGUUAAGCUUUAAUCAUCUCAUCCUUCUGAAAUUGUACUCACCAACAUUUGAUUUUAUUAUCUUUAAUAUAUGAUCCAAGAACUGAUCUACCCUAGGUGAUAAAAACAGAUGGAAAGAAGGAAGAACCGAGAAUUUUUUUUCUCAAAUGAGUUUUCUACAUUUUUACAGGAUCGUCAUUAUUAAACCUUAUCUCAAGCUCGAACUAAAGGUUUUUCCUCAGAAACGUGAAAAAAGGCGAAAAUUUAAAUUAGUCCCACCUUCUGAAAAGCCUUUUACUCUUGAGUUUACAUUUUAACAGGGAGAAUUUUUAUCUUGCCCGAACUCUUGAUCCAAUCGCUCUCUGUGUUUAGAUUUAGUUAAAUCAUUUCCAAAGCCGAGUUCCCUACACGUUUUUUUGUCAACCUCUCUGAAAAAUAUUGAUUGGAUGAUCCGUAUAGUUGAGUACAACAUAAAUGCGUUAAAGAUGCUUUGGCGAUCGAUGUACAAAGGCUUAUAACUCAUAUUUGUGAUUACAUCAGAAGCCAUGCAAAGGUCUUGUCCACCAGAUAAUACCAAAAUGUUUUGAAAAAGUACUACAAACUGACUUAAAAGUUUAUUAGAACGUUCACCGAUCAUCCGCCAUUAGUGGGCAAUCUUCGCUCUUUGCUGAUUUCUGAGACGAUUGUUCCAGCUUUGUGCUUUUUUCAGAUCCUCUUUUUGUUCUGCCAUGAGCUUCUCCAGAAAAGCAUACUCCACCUCCAUUGUCUGAUAACUCCAACUUAAGUCCUCUAGCCGCUGGACAAUAUCGACGUACCAGUGGUUCUUUAGAGAGCUGUCACGGCGUGAGUUCAGGGUUGGAAACUCCGAUGGAGGGAGAACCAUUUUGUCAUUGUUUACAAAUUGAUUUGUUGAAUUUACGCCAUCGGUGGCCAUGGUUUCCUAUGAAGUAAGAAAUUCAUAAUAAGGCGACUUUUGCGAAGAUUCUUAUUUGUCAAUUUAUGGUUUUUGUCAGUCAACUGACCAGCAAGAUAGUCAAUCAGUCAGUAAGGUAGUCAGUUACUCUGUCAGUUAGUCAAUCAGUCAGUCAGUCUGCAUGCAUUUCCCAUGCACGCGUCAUAGCAGUGUUUAUUACACAUGAGGAUUUUACCUCACUGUGACUGCAGCUUACAUCUAUAAUGAAAGUGUUCGCAAAUAACAUAUUGAAUAUCACUUAGUUAUCCUGCAAAAUUUUCAUGUGCAUCAAUAUGAUCCACCCCAAUAGCGAAUUGUCAUGGAUUCUUGAAGCUUUUGUGAAGCGUUUCGUAAUUCAUGGCUAUAACUUUUAACAAGAACUUGCCAAUACGAAAACGUGUAUUUAUGUUGAUUUGUUUCAGCCGAUAACACACAUAACCAAAGGAUAAUUGCCUCUAAUUUAGACAGAAAGCCACAAAAAAAACUGUGCUAAUGAAGGCAAUUAAUGUACCGUUGUUUAACAUCAACAGGUCAAAAAGUUUGGAAACAAAUCACAACAUAAGUACCUUUUAAGUUGAGUAAAAAUCUAGGUAAGUUCUUUUUCAUUAGAGAGAGCGUGAAGAAGUAGUUGAGUAUCUGUAGUCAGUUCACGAAGUCUUAUUUACAGUGUACGUGGGCAGAACGCGUUAGCUGAAGUUCUUAACAUUCUCGAGAUUUUAUAUCGCGCCGUUCUUUUGUGUGAAUUGUUCUGUGAGUGAGUCAAUUCUUUGUUUUAAAAACGUCUCUUUCAAAAUGUUUUCUUUCUUUUCGCAGUUGGCUUCCAUUUGUGAGAGCGAACGUAUGUCGACCCCUGCAGGUCUCAAACGACUCGACUUCCUUGAAGAGCAAAAUUUGCAGCCUUGAUUUAAAUAAGAUAAGAAAGGUGGAAAAUUUUGAGCUUAGUCGUUGAAGAAAGUGAGAUGCUUUUGCUUUUUGUCGCAUGUGUUUGGAUUCAGGUUUUCCUGUCCCACGCUCGACAAAAAAACAAACAAACAAACAAAACCGAAGAAAAUGUUUAUUAAAUUUUGACUUAGUUUUUAUGGUUUGACUUCCAACAGGACUUAGGCCUUAUAAUCGGAGUAACACACAGCUAUCGUGUAAUCAUUUAAGUAUCCACUUUCCAAACUAAAUAGUAGUCUGUUAAAGCCAGUCAUUUAGGUUGUUUAGUUUUUUGGCGCUUUGGAUCGUUUUCAGCCGAAUACUGCUUUCGAAACUUUGUUCUCCCAUGAUCUGGCUUAAAAUGUCUACACUCGUUUGCAAAAACGUUGACACCUAAAUAGCGUGAUCCAUAAACAAUCAGACACAUGGGCUUCAUGAGAAGUACUCGCACAGUUACAUAACAAUUUAGCAGUUCUUUUUACAUUAUUCAUGAAAAUCUUUGUUUACAAUAACUCUUUUCUUUAUCACGUGCAACCACUUGUGGUUCUUUAACCAAAGAGUUUUGGGGCAAAAUCAGUACAGGGUUAACGAGAAAUAAUUAUCAAGCCUUUCUGAAUUUGCAUUUUAAUGUACCAGUCAGCGGUAUUCCCGCCCAAAACAAUAUUGAAUUUGAACUAAUCUAUCGAGGUAGAUCCUCUUCGGGUAUCAAUGUUGUCAUCGAUAUUUCUAGUUUACUUUAGGCUUCUCAUUUAAGAACAAUUAUUAUUUUUAACAUAUCCCGUACGGUAUAAAAAAUUUCCCUUUCAUUUUUCACCGACUUCUCUUCUACAUGUUUGAGAGCAAAUUUUCCAACAAUAGAGAAAUCUCAUUUCACUUUUUUUUCUAGUAAUGCAAGUGCACCUUAUUGUCAUUCUUUUCAACAAGUAUGUUCCUGCAGCGAAGACGUCGAGACGAAUUUGUCGAAAUCAACAUAAAUAUUCAAAAUGAAAAAAAUAAAAAUAAAACUUGGCGAAUCGGGAAGUUUUGGUUGAGUUUUUUGAUUUAGUGGCAGUUUGAUUUGGCACAUGCUUUGGUUUUUCUUUUCGCAACCAAACGAUAAUGAACAAAUAUUCCUUAGCAUAAACAAUUUGGACGUUUCUGGCAUAAUGGCUUGAGUAAAACUACCUCCAACCAAAAAUUUUGUACAAACUGCCUGAUGCAACAAUAGUUCUGUUGUAAAUUAGCUCGAAGAUUUUUAUUCUAAUUUUCCUUAAGCCUUUUGGUUAAGGAAAAUAUACUAGCUUUCUUUUCUCUGUUUUUUUAGCUCAAGCGAAGUGUCACGGGAAAAUCAAAAUAGCUACAGUUCAAAUUAUCAUGUUCCCUACCUUGCUUGGACUUGUUUCGCGGCUCCUGUUCGCAGAAAAAUAAAUUUAAAAGGCAACAAAAACUAAAACAUCAAAUUAAGUUCGUAAUAUCUUCAAAAAAUUAGCACAAAUAGGGAUCUGUUCCAAGAAGAUGCUGCGCGUUUAAAUGACUGUUAUGAGCAACUACGUACUGUUAUAUUCAACCUACCAUCACUGCUGAGACAUAUUUAACCUGUUCUUCAGGAACAGAUUUUAACGGCAAUCCCACUGAUCUAACUCGAGGAGUUUUAGACUUUGGUGUGACAUACUGCGAGCGAGACAUGUUCAGUGAGGGAAAACUUGAUCGAGAUUGCAUUUAGCAAUCAACAAAGGACCCGUUGAAACAGAAUUUUAGGACUCAACCUCCAUUAGGUAUAUCAAGAUACCAGCGAGAAUCGACAAAAUUUAUAGUUUCGAAAAUUUGCUUUGCAUAUUUGGAAUUCAAGGGCCUUGGAUAUUUAAAAGUUGCAAAAUCAAGUGUAUAUUAUCAUGACAGGUAUAUUAUUUUUACUGCUAAGAUUGGGAUUUAUUCUAAUCUUUGAGUUUGGCUUACUAUUUUGACUGCUCUUGUCUUAUUUGUCUCCAUGGUUACCAACAGGCAGCAGGAUUUCGAUGACCACCGACAAAUAGACGUGCAUAUAAAAUAUAUUAAAGUUCACACGGCAACCAUAUGGACAAUCAAACAUGGUUUGAUGCUACUCUGGUUUGCAGAUUUAAUGAAUGUAACCGAAGAAGUUACAAUUCAUAGACCCAACGUUUCGACACUCCUGUCUAGUGCCUUCAUCAGGGGUGAUCCUAACGCUGCAACAAGAGGUCCUCUUACAUGAUCACUAAUUAGCUGCCUUUUUUCUGACGAGGUGUAAAUAGGCGUCAGGAAGCAAGCCGCCAUCGUCACGAUUUUAAGGAGCGUGGGCGGAGUUGACAUGUCAAGCCUCCAAACAAAGGCACUGGUAGUCACAGUAUGAAAUUAUAAAUUUACGAAUCCGUAAAGAUGCCGUCAAGUAAGUGUAAGAUCCUCUAUACGCGUCUUAUAGAACUUCUUUACACUCUCGUAAAGAAUGUCUUCACGCUUUGAAAACGAUAGUACGUAAAGAUCACGGAGAGACUAAAAACGUUAUCUUUACGUGCCUUGUAAAAUUCGUAUAAAGAAUAUUUACUAUAUUUUACAGUGACUGUAAAGCGAUCAGAAAGGCGAUCUUCACGCGUUAUUAAACUAUCGUAAAUGGACAAUAUUUACAUGCCCAUUUGCCAUUUUGCAGCUGUCUGAAUUUUUUGGCAACAUUCCCUUGUGCUUAUCAGACUAUAACAAAUGUGAGCUAGUGACAACAUCAACGUAAUGCGCUAUCCUAGUGCGUAUUUCCAAAAAUCGUAUCGAGAACGUUUGCGACAUUUUACGCUUCUGUAAAACGAUGCCGCACAUUCCUUUGAAGGACUGACCCAUAUAUAACAACACGUGUUUUAUACAUUGCAAUUUAUUUUAUUGUCGUAACUCUUUAACUUGAUUUUGUAAUAUUCACAGUAACGUAGCUAAAGGUUUAUAUACACGGGAAAAGAACUGAAAAAUACAAAUAUCAUAAAUAUAAAUAUUUUUACAUAGAUAUACAAAAUGUCUCGUCGGUUUCGCACAGCUUAUAGGCACAUGGACCUUUGAGUUACCUUUCUUUGAUUCCGUUUCCUUGCUGCCCGAGUUGUUCUCGGCGACAAGUUUACACAAAGAGUCCACUUUUUUUGAAAGCUCUUCGAACUUUAACUAAGGCAUUUUCUUCAUCGUGCUGCCUCAAUUGCUCUAUCAAUGAUUGGUUUUCUUUCAAACUAUCAUCCAAUAGCACAGUAUAACUGUCUCUCACGCUGAUGUGGUCGGAAAUUCUUGACAUUUUGAAAGAAAAAGAGUCCACAGAUCACUUCACACGCCAAAAGUAAAGCCAGGAGUAAAGGUCGGAAAUUCUUGACAAUUUGACUUCCGCUCAGGUUGUCGAAACGUCAGUCACCAUUAUCGACAACAGUCCUUCUCAGGACUACACUCACCCGGACGAUCAAACUACACUAUUACAUGUUAACCUCGGGUUCAAACCAUUUGCUGUACUAAAUCACCUGUUAUACUCUCUCGCCGAUCUGCGUCAGCCUCGUUUCUAUGUAUUUUCGUCGCCAGGGACUCUUCAUCAAACGUCCCGAGGACUAAAACCAUUGACAGUCGGAUCUUAAAGUUCGACAAUCUUAUUAUUACAAACAUUAGAGCAUCACGCUUCCACACGUCAUUGCAAGGUCCAUUUGCUGGAAAAAAACAUGAUUGUCUCAUCACGACAACUUCCUGAUCAUGAGUUUGAAUGCUCGUUAAAAAAAGGGUAGUUUAAACAUAUUUAUGCGAACAGAAAGUUUAGAACCGGUGUAAAAGACAGAAUACAGAUGCUGAAAAAGAAUUAAAAGCACGUAAAGACUGAUUAUGCGAAGGAAAAGUUAAGGGUCGUUGAGGAUUCGUAAAGAGAAUUAAUGGCGCGUAAAGAUUGAUUGUGCGUAAAGAAUGUUAAAGGAUUUAAAAGGUUCGUAAAGAACAGUGAGUAAAGAUGCGUAAAGAAUAUUAAAGACGCGUAAAGAGUUAAAAGCGAAACUGGUCAAAAUACCUCGAUAACUCUACUGAAGAUGGAUGAAUCAUAAUUAUUUUACUUCUUUGAGUAUUUCUCCAAAUUGAAAGUGGUUAAUUAUAUCCAUCUUGAUCCUUAUCCUUUAAGAACAUUUAAUAUCCUUUACGCAGUUUUUACGCUUCCUUUGCAAUUACGCAUCUUUACGAAACGCGGAACUUGUCCGUAAAGAAGAGGCUUUAUAUUUACGUUUCUUUACGUAAGCCGAGUUAAAAAUGCGUAAAUUUGCGAUUUCAUACUGUGGGUAACGCCAAUUAGUGGUGAUAAUUGUAGAAUUAUCCCACUCAAUUGUAUGGUUAGUUGGGCAUGUGUGCUCCGAUAAAGCUGAAUUUUCCUUUUUGUAAAAGAAAACCGCUUGUUGAUGCUCUUUCAAACGUGUACCAAACUAACGUUUGGUCUGUCUGAUGUACUCGUUGUCACAGUCAUUGCUGGGAAUUGAAUAAAUGGGGUCGCUUCGUUGUUCUUUCGUGAUAGGUUCCUUAAGUUUGGCGUAAAUAUGCCCCAAAAUCUGAAAAGGUUUUUGAGCAACUUUAACUUCAACUCCGCCCACGCUUCUUUAAAUCGUGACGAGGGCGGCUUGCUUCCUAACGACUGUUUACACCUCGUCAGAAAAAAAAAGGCAGCUAAUUUGAGAUCAUAUAAAGACAGGAGUGUCGAAACGUUGGGUCUAUGAAUUGUAACUUCCUGGGUUACAUUCAUUAAAUCUGUAAACCAGAGUAGCAUCAAACCAUGUCUGAUUGUCCAGCUGGUUGCCGUGUGAACUUCAAUAUAUUUUAAGUUCUUGUAGAAAUAGGAACGGUAGAAGGAUAGGAUGAAGGCCUUUUCAAAUUAAGCAAAUUAGGCGCUCGGCCUGGUUUUGAACCAGGGAGGGUUGCCACGGGAAGUUGCUGCACAAAAUUUGAAACGGCCUGCAUGCUUUGGUCGCAGAGUUUGGCACCAAUCAUAUUUAGAAAGAUACACUCUUUCAUUUCAGGAUCGAUUUUCUCAGAAAAUGUCUGAGGGAUGAAGCUCAAAUUUGGCGAAGACAUAGAGCAAUAUCUCAGAGAUCAACAACCGUCACCAGUUAGGAGAGAUUUUUAGGCAUUAAUUCCAGUUUGAAGUAGGGGAGGUCGCGGCUUUCGGCCACUAAGUUGCAAGCCUUGUCUCCCUUCUCUCAACAGCCUUCGGCCAGAAGUAAUUUGGUAAAAGACACUUCAAACGGCCAAUGAAGGCUAAAAGAAAUACCACAAAUAAGUUGAUUAACAGCUUAUUUAACUUUAUAGAGAUAUUCAGACCGAGAUGUAAUUUAAAUUUGCAAUUGUCAGGGCUUUAUUCAUGACCCUCUAGAUUUUGUUCGACCUAUGUCAACAAUUAUUAACCACGAAAAUAUAGUGUGGUUGGCCCGUGGUAGCUCUAAGAGCAGCGAGGAAAAAGUUUUUAAACAGGGAAAAUACUACGAACCUGCUCUUUUUGAGCGGAAUCAUAAACUUUUUGGAUUUAUUCUACAAGGGCACUAAUUCCCUUAAAAAAUUCUAGAAAUAAAAGGAAAAAAAAUUCAUGUUACUAUCCCGUUUGAUAGCACUAGUUAUGCAAAUUAACGAUAAGUAUCGUAGGUGGCACUUUAUCAAAACUGUAAUUUACAGAAAGCAUUGCCACAGUGCUACAUAGUUCUACAUUGUUACGUUUUUCUGAGCUAUUUCUUUACUCUGACUUCAUCCUUUAUAUCAGUGAAACUAGUAUGCCAUCAUCGACUUUGGAAAAUUAGUGAAAAGCUGUAGAUUGUGGUGAAUGUGGUGAAUGAUCCCAUGUAACUGAAUGAUCCUGAGUAACUAUAAAGUGCUACGUGACGCCAAUUCGGUAAUGAGUUCUUAACCUAAAAUCUGCCCUGUGGCGUUUAAUAUGAGGCUUCAUUAAUCACUGCAGUGAGCCUACGUAUAGCCGUAGCGUCCCCCGCAAGGUGAGACUGCAGAAACCAUGUAAGUUUAUUUAUUUAUCAAUUCAGUUUACUUUCUACGUGAGGUAUGACAAUAACCCAAGUAUUCCAGAAAAAGGAUAAUCAACCGCCUAAGGAGGUAUAAAUGCCAGCUUAAGACGACUGAUGUGCGGUAUAAAACGCAGUAGUGACCCCCUCGUUAGCCCUUAAGACUUUGCGUAAUACUUUCCUUCAAAACUGUAUCUACGUCUAAUAACCGGAGGAAGCCGGUGCAUUGCCUAAUGAGUUCUUUACGACUAGCUCCUAAUUUACUGCUUGUGACUGUUUUUGCGUUGAUCCAAAAUUUAGCUUCAACGAGUGCCGCUGUGGUAGAACGCAAGAAGAGCACCGGUAGCUGCUGGAAAGAAGGUAAGAUUCUCCCAGCAAAAGUUGGUGAUUACUUCUAUGAGUAUAGGAAACGCUUGAGGAAAACAGAAGCGACAUUGGAGCGGCGUGCUGCGUUCUUUGAGGAAGCUAGAGAAUCAAGGUUGCAAAUUUUAUAUUGCGGAAGUUUGGUUUGAAACGGACAAACCGUGAUUUUCGGUAUUUUAUCAAUCUCGUUUAAUUUCUUGUUAAAAUCUCCUUUGCCAUAUGCGAGAGAAAAGAGAUAAAUCGUAUUUCACAAUUUCAAUGUAUUGGAGUGAGUUUGUUCUUUAUACUUUGCUGAACUUUAGAGUCAUCCUGUUACGCUAAGCCGUGGGCAUUUUGAAGCGCCCGUCGAUACCUUGAGGGGGGAGGGGAGGGGAGGAUUGGGAGUGGCGGUGUUCUUCAGUAGCGGUAUUUUGGCAAAGAAAAUCGUAGAUUGGGGGAUCGAGAUGGACUUUCACAUCCUGCAAUGUUCGUUACUUGUGUUGUCCGUAAAGCUCUGGUACUAGAGAACCAAACUUUAUUUCUUCUCUUGCGUGUUUCAAAUUUGCCUUAAAAUCAAGGCAUUUAAAUCAAGGCAUUUUCCGCGUUGAAAAGCCUCAUUGUGUCCGGAAAAUAACGGGAAGGAUGUACGAAUGGAUUACAAAGCUCAUUGAACACGAAACAAUAACUUAUUGUAUCCUUAUUGUAUCCUUCCCGUUAUUUUCCGGACAUAAUGAGGCUUUUCAAAGCGGAAAAUGCCUUGAUUUAAAUGCCUUUUGGCAAAAAGGCAAAUUUGAAACACGCAAGAUCAGCAUUACGACGAGAAACGUUAGAAAUGUCGAUUUUUGCGAUAAGCUGACAGAAUUUGGACAGUGAGAACCAUAGGAUCAUAUCACAUAUUCAAAUGAGAGAGACCAGAGCGUGAAAGUAGCACAGUAUGUGAAAGGGAGGGUGGGGAAGUUUAUCGAAAGGUGACAUUUCGGGAUACAGUACAAUCGUUACUCUCAUUCCGACACUGCCUUAGCCUGAAAUUUCAAAUUGAACUAGGAGUCCAUUAUAAUGGACUCUUUUUGGGAACUCUUAAUGGGAAUUUUUUUUUACUUAACAAACAUUCAAUAUUUAAACAGCCCACACAAGCCAUCUUUACCUCAACAGCUUAUUAUAAGAAUUGCGCCGAGCUGUACAACUGCGGCCAAACGAUCAGCGGUGUUUACACAAUCGACCCUGAUGGUAAAGGUGCCUUCAAUGUGUAUUGUGACCAAACCACAGACGGAGGAGGGUGGACAGUGUUUCAGAGAAGACUGGAUGGUUGCAUGGAUUUUAACCUGGGUUGGGCAGACUACAAAAAAGGCUUCGGUGAUUUCCUAAUUGGAGAGUUUUGGCUCGGACUAGAGAAGAUCCAUCGCCUGACGCAAAACGAGACAGAAAACAGGCUUCGAGUAGAUCUGGGAGUAACUAAACGCAAAACUGUCUACGCUGAAUAUUUGUGGUUUGGGAUCGGAGACAAGAAAGACAACUAUCGGCUGAAACUCGGAAACAAAUCAAGUGAGUCAAUCUGCUUUCUCUCGGUAAUCAUUAUCUAGAACAGCACGAAGGCGAGGAUGAGAAAAACAUCAAAUGUAUAAUGUAGGUGACGGUUGUAUUAAAAAUUAAUAUUUACAGUAAUGUGUGCGUGUUUCUCCUAAGAACUGAUUUCUAUCACACUUGCAAUUUGUAUCCGGGUAAACCUUAUCUAUGGAAGCCGAGGGCUGAGGGAGAUUUCACAGAGUCCUGCGUGGUUUGACAAUUCAUGAUAUGAUGCGAGAACAGAGUUCAUUAAUUGUUUUAUUACAGGCUAUUUUUUAUAAAAAUCUACAAGAUAGAGUAAAAAAUUCUUUUAUGAAAAGGAGGCUGGACUCCAAACUCCGUAAAAAAAAUUUAUAUUGAGCUUGUUCAAUUAACCACGACAUUUAGCUUGAAUAAAUUAUCUGAAACUUUUACAUUUCAAAACAAAGGGGUAACGAACUUAAGUGAUAGCAAGUUAAGCUUGAACUUGAAUUCCGAAAAGCAACAAAAAAAGAUACAUGAAAGAAUCCAUGUCAGUUUCAAAGUCAAGGUUAGAAUUCUUUGAUGCGAUUGGCUAAUUUGUGAAAAUCACGCGCCACGUGUGAACACAAAAUGGAGUACCAAGGGGGAGAUGGAGAGAAAAAAAAUUUGAUUUGAAAUUUAAAACGUAAGGGAAUUUCACUUCUCUCUGAGUUUGAAAAUGUUUGAGAACGGUACACGCUUAAGGAGCUUGGAAACCAGGAAAACUUUGAGCUGGAGUUGAUAAAUGCAAUAUAUGCUGCAGAUAUCGGGUUAUCCUGUCAACUUCACACGAUUUUGUAUAUGGACUGAAUUCUCUCUGCCAAUCAGAGUUUCCAAUAUAAGUCAAAUUUAAAAUUAAGAGUAUCGUCAUCAUUAUCAUCAUCAUCAUCAUCAUUAUCAUUAUACUUUAUGACUAUAAUUGUUAUAAUUAUUGGUGUUUUAUCAUUUCUAUUAGACUCUGCGACUGUCAAAGAUUCUCUUAGUGAUCAUAACGGCUCCCCGUUUCGUACGCGGGACAAAGUUUACAAGCAUUGUACCCAUAAGAUGUUUGGAGGCUGGUGGUACAUCAAGAAUACUGACUGUGCUGUUUCGUCAAAUCUCAAUGGUGCUCAUCAUUGUAAAAAGAGAAAAAGGAACAUGAACAAGACCUUGGGCGAGCUAAAGAUUCACUGGGGUAUGUUAUCUGACACUGACGCAAGUCACACCAGUCCACUAACAUCGGAAAUGAAAAUAAAACCUGUGGAUUUACCUUUUAAGUGUUAA